AUGGAAUCACAGAUAGCGCCAGAGUCAGAGAGCGACGAUGAUUCCCUGUCUUCUACCUACAGCGCCGCUCUCAUUGAUCCAGAUAUUGAGGCCGUGGCUCCCAACUCCUUCAUGGACGUUUGUGGCGUUCUGAUCCCGCUUCCUGUCCCGAGAGGCUGGCUUGAGAUGCACUGUCACAACUGCAACGCAAAUACAGACGAGGCUGGCAACUACUUUAGCGGAAUCUCAGGCUUAUGGUCUCACCUUUCGCAGUGUUGUUCCAAGAUUGGAAGUUUGCUUCCUGAGGACGGCUACGACUAUGUUAGGGCCUUAUGCGUCAAAAGAGAGCUAAGCAAUGAAGAGGGUGAGGCUGUUCGCGCCAAUCCAACCCUUAUCCCUCGGUUGGGUCCUCGCGGUAUUUUAAGAGGCGAUGACGAUUUUGUCCCAAAUACAUACGUGGAUCCUGUCGCCAAAAGAGAUUCUAACCUAGAUCUGGACCAUCUGUACUCCUGUCCCGUGUACGUGCGGCACGGUGGGCAAUGGUUAAAGCUCUGCUGCUACAAGUGUAAGGCUGUUAAAGAUGCUGCCGGCCAAGUUUUUGAAACCUUGAUGCCAUCCGAGAGCAUAUUCUUCUUGAGCAUUACGUGGAGCCUCCAAGAUCUCGCGAAGAGCCCAGAAAGCCAGAUCAGCGUUGCGACGCAGGUUCAAGGUGGGGAGAGUGAAGGGAACUUGGCUACCAAAGGUGAUGAAGCCAAUGGAGAAAAAAAAGAGCGGAUCACCUUCGCAACAUGGCAGAGCGCUUUUUGCAAAACACGCAGAAACUCCCUCUGCGUCGGAGACACGCUCUCGGAGUUAUCCACGUCCGAACCACCUAGUGACAGCGAUGCCGCACCGCAUCGUGGGGACGGAGUCAUUUACAUCGAAGACGAAGCUGUGUCCUUCGUCGUUGUCGGCGACACCAUCCAGCAUCUCGAGUGUUGCCCCAUCUACAUCCGUUGGCAUGGGCAAUGGUACAAGUGCUCCUGCCCGGAGUGCCGCGCCAACUGCAACACAGCUGGCGAGUACUUCAAAGACUUCGCCGAAUUUUACGAGCACGUUGAGCGGUGCGAUCCUAACAUCAGAUUCGCGCCUAAAGAAUCUCGAUUCGAACGCUUUGCGAGAUGUUCGGAAAGGGUAGGGGAGGACGAAGUCAUAGGCGUUGCAGAGGGAACGGUGGAUGUAGCGAAAGUGAUAGCAAGCAUUUAG